AUGGAUUUUUGUAUAACACAAAAACAAGUCCCAACUGUGAAACGCAUACACAGAACAUUUGCAGAGGAGUACAACUACUCAGGUUCCAUAGAAAGCCUACGAACAGUAAUUAGAAAGAUGGGAUUUCGUUGGCGAAAAACCAGAACUAAUAGAAAAUUAUUAAUGGAAAAGCCCAAUAUUCAACAUCUUAGACUGAAUUUCUUACGUAGUAUGAAACGUUACAGGAACGCAAAUCGCCCAAUUAUAUACAUGGAUGAAACAUACGUCCAUUCAUCUCAUACCCACCAAAAGAGCUGGUCUGAUAGUUCAAACAAGGGCAUACAAAAACCAGUAUCUAAAGGAGAGAGUCUUGUGAUAGUGCAUGCUGGAGGUGAAAGUGGUUUUGUUAAAAAAGCUUAUCUGCGCUACAAACCUACUAUAAAAACAGGAGAUUAUCAUGAUUCAAUGAACUACGACAAUUGCAAAAAGUGGCUUCAGGAUAAACUGAUACCAAAUUUGCCCGCGAACAGCGUUUUAGUGAUUGAUAAUGCACCGUAUCACAACGUACAAACUGAGAAAUGUCCAACUAUGUCUUCCAGGAAAGCAGCGAACAACGCGAAAUAUUUCCUUUACAGAUGA